UAUAUAUUAAAGUUAAGAAAUAUUGAAUCACCAAGUUAAAAUAUACUAAAAAAUUAACAUGUUUUUAUCAUAGUGCACCCAUGUAUAGAUAUCCAAUAUAUUGGGAAUUAUCAGUAAUUGCAUCUUCAACAAAGACCUUCAUAUAAAUUCCCAAUAUGGAGAAACCUGAUAAAACAGCAAAGUAUCAUGAUAGUAAACAAUUAAAGAAGUGCUUGGAAGAAUCUUCGGAAAGAAAUAAACGUAUUAUGGAAACAGACCCGCAGACUUUCUGUAAAAUUUGUAAAAAAAGGUUUUCUUCAACAAGUGCCUACAGGCGUCACAUUCGAAUUCAUACUGGUGAAAAACCGUUUUCUUGUGAGCAAUGUGGAAAAUCUUUCAGACAGAAAAGUCAUCUACAGGGACAUACCCGAAUGCACAGAGGAUAUAACCCAUAUCCCUGUAAACAUUGCGGUAAAUUCUUCAGGAACAAAAGUUAUUUAAAAAUACACGAAAGAAUUCAUACAGGAGAGAAACCUUUUACUUGUGGAGAAUGUGGGAAGUCUUUCAUCAAUAUAAGUGUUUUUAAAUGGCAUAUUCAAUCUCAUACUGGGGUAAAACGUUUCACUUGUAAACAUUGUGGAAAGUGUUUUUUGAUGAACUCUAACUUGCAAAGACAUAUUCUAAUCCAUACAGGAGAGAAGUCACAUACCUGUCAACAUUGUGGAAAAAGUUUUUUGCAAAAUUUCCAAUUGAAAAGGCAUAUUAGAAUUCAUACUGGGGAAAAGCCGUACAUCUGUAAACAAUGUGGAAUGUGUUUUUCAGAGCGAUCUACUCUUGAAAAUCAUGUUAGAAUCCAUACCGGAGAAAAGCCAUAUACCUGUCAACAUUGUGGAAAGUGUUUUUCGCAAAAUGGUAACUUGAAAGACCAUAGCCUAAUCCAUACAGGAAAAAAGUCACAUGCCUGUAAACAUUGUGGAAAAUGUUUUUUACAAAAUUCCAAAUUAAAAAGGCAUAUUAGAAUUCAUACAGGAGAAAAGCCAUAUGCCUGUAAACAAUGUGAAAAGUGUUUUUCAGAUCAAUCUACGCUUGGAGGGCACAUUAGAACCCACACCGGUGAAAGGCCAUAUACCUGUCCACACUGUGGAAAGUGUUUUUUGCAUAAGUCCCACUUGAAUAGGCAUAUUCGUAUCCAUACCGGGGAAAAGCCAUAUACAUGUCAACAUUGUAGUAAGAGCUUUUCGGAAAAUUCCCACUUGAAAAGACAUAUUAAAAUUCAUACUGAAAAGUAGCCCUUCGAUUGUUAGCGUUUUCUAAAGAGUUUUUUGUGAAACUAUAUUCUGAGAGUUGCGUUAUUUAGUAUGGGAAAGAGGGAAGUGUUUAACUUUAGCAUAUUAUAACAAAUGUAAGAAUAAAUAAGUCUUUGUUUAUUCAUAAGCAUAAGCCAUACUGUCUGAAAUAUGUUAUAGUAAAAAGAAAUAUGAGUGAUUUUAUGGGAAAAUCUCUUUUUGUAUUUGUGAAGUUUUAUCAUUUAUAUUGCAAAAGACAUUUAAAACGUUUUUUUUUCGUCAAAAUCUUUGUUAAAUUUCCAGAAUACAAAAAUAAUAAUCGUUUUGAAAAUACUUGUUUUUAUUGUUUUGCUUGCAUGUAUUAAUGAACAUGUACAUAAUUUAUUUUUCGAAAUCUGACAAAUAAAAUGAAAAGUCAGCCUAUGAGAGAAGAUGUGUGAAUUAAUAAAUUCAUAUAGAAAUGUCA